UCUCGGCAUCGUUUCCUCCACCGCAUCCUCUCUUCGGAAACCCUAGAGAGGAUGCCGGCAACCCCUCCACCGGCGUGGCAGAUGCUCCCUGACGCCGGUGGCCAUUUCCAGUGGGCAGUCGCUGGUGCUAGCACCGAAUCUCGUUAUGAAGACUCGCGUGUAGCCCUAGCUUUCCUGCCCAGAAGGUCAGCCGAGCUCUCAUCUCCCAUCAAUGGCGGAUCUGUUCCUCAAAGUUUCCGCGGAGCUUCGGGAAGGAGGUGGUGGAGGUUGCGCUAAUGGCGCUCCGAUAUUCCGUACGGCUUCGGGGAAAUCCGUUUCGGUGAGGCAGAGCUCAAUCAGGAAGGCAGAGUCGGUUCUUGGAGAAACAGGGAUUCCAGAUAGAGGUGCUCUAAUGGAUCAAAAUUCUAGUGUUUGUGAUGGGGGGUUUCCGAAGUUCUGCACUGGAUCGGGAAAGUCAGUUACAGUGAGACAAUCUUCUAUCAGAAAAGCUGCUGUGGUUCUUGAAGGAGCUCCAAUGGUUCAAAAUUCUGAUGUUUGUGAUGCGGGUUUUCCAAUGUUCCGCACUGGAUUGGGGAAGUCAGUUACAGUGAGACAAUCUUCCAUUAGAAAGGCAGCUGCAGUUCUUGAAGGCGAGAAUUUGGACAUAGAUGAAAUUCUCAAGCCCUCAGAGUGUGGUUACAACAACAAUUCUGCACCUAUCUUCCAAAAUGGAUUGGGAAAGUCAAUUCUAUUAAAGCAAUCAUCAAUUAAGAAGGCAAUGUCUGUACUUAAGAACGUGGGAAGUUUUGAGACAGAUUUAGGUCUUGAGAACAGGAUAAAUGAUAGCUGCAGCUUCUCCAAUUCUCUAUUUCAGACAGGUUCUGGAAAGACAGUCAAUAUAUCUUCCGUUGGUCUGCUCAGAGCUGCUACUUUGUUAGGUGUUGAGGAAAAUCAUGCAUCCUCCUAUGGUUUUGCGAGUGACAUGAUUAGCUUCAAUUCUGGGGAGCCUAAAUCUGAAAAUGUAGAUCCUGAAGUCCUGGUUGAUGAAAAUCUCAGAGCUAAUGCCAAUAAUGGCCCUGAAGUAUGCAAAAAAUCUGAUUCUGCCAAGCCAACAAUAAAGUUCCACACUGCAGGUGGAAGAUAUAUUUCGGUUUCUACUGAUGCAUUACAACGCGCAAAAAGUCUUCUUGGUGAUGCGAAUUUUGGGGGUUUACAGGAUGAUAUGGAAGGAAAUAAACCAUUGAACACAUUUCUCAAAGAUGACAAAGCCUUUGAUAACAUUUCUUGGAAUAAAGAGAACUUAACUUUUGCAUCUUUUUUUCCAAAUGCUGAAAUUUGCAAAACCAAUAGAAGGAUGUCUCCUGGUGUGCAACCUUUCUCCAGUCAUAAACCCGGGGUUGUUGCAUUUGAUGGAGUACAUGCCUGUGAGCAUGUCACCAAGAUGCUUGAAACCAAAAGCAUUGAUGGGCCUCCUCUACGAAAGCUUGAAAGUAUAAGCAUCAGGAGAAGUUCCAUUUUGGAUGAUGCUUUUGGAACUAUUACAGCUUCCAGAACCAAUGGUGAGUCACUGGCUGAUAUUUCAAAUACCACUGGAACAGAACAUACUAGUAGAAAUUGCCGGACAAGUGAAAGGAAGAGACUUCGAAGAAGAAGCUCUAUCUCCCCAUUUAAAAGGCCACGUAAUUCUAGUUUCACUACUCCUUUGAAGUGCAAUUCCUCAGCCCAUGCUUCUGGUCCAUCUGUGCGAUUGCCAUCAAAAGAUUGUUCUUGCAGAAAAGGAAUUUCGACUCGUUAUCCAGUUCAAUUUAAACGAAAGACUAUUAAAGAUUUUUUUGGCAGGCCCCCUUUUCAUACCAAUUUGACUGGACAUUUGCCUGAUGAAGUAAAGCACAUUAGUGCAGAUACAGCAGAGAAAUAUCGAUUUCAUGAUGCAUUUAGUCUUGGUGAGAUUGGGCCAAGAGAAUUUCAUGCCAUGUUGCUGCAGUCUGGUGCUUCAUCAUCACGUCUAACUAAAGAAUGGGUUGCAAAUCAUUACAAGUGGAUAGUUUGGAAACUUGCGAGCCUUGAGAGAUGCUAUCCAGCUCAAGCUAACGGCAAGUACCUUACAGUUUCCAAUGUUUUGGACGAAUUGAAAUACAGAUAUGAGAGAGAAGUCAACUACGGCCAUAGAUCUGCUAUUAAGAAGAUUCUAGAUGGCGAUGCAUCUGCUGCUUCUGAGGUUGUUCUGUGCAUUUCAUCUAUCCAGUCUUAUUCUGACUCACAUAAUUGUAAGAUGGAUGAGAUAGCUGAACCGCAUGAUAUUCUAAAGCUUGGUAGUUCAGAUGCACCAGAAUCCUAUCAUGCGGCAAAAAUCGAACUCAGUGAUGGUUGGUAUGCAUUGGAUGCUCAAUUAGAUACUUCACUAGUGAAGCAACUUAUUCAUGGAAAGCUGUUUGUUGGUCAGAAGCUUCGGAUUGUGGGGGCUCACUUAUGUGGCUGGGUGGCUCCCAUUUCCCCCCUUGAGGUACACAGAACUGUUAGUUUAGUGUUAAGUAUCAAUGGUACAUACCGAGCACAUUGGGCUGAUCAUCUGGGAUUCUGUAAGGGCAUUGGAGCUCCAUUAGCGUUUAGUUGCAUCAAAAGUGCUGGUGGUAAAGUUCCUAGGACACUGGUUGGAAUAACACGUAUAUAUCCUGUUCUUUACAAGGAGAGGCUUCAAGAUGGUGGUUCUCUCGUGAGAUCAGAAAGGAUGGAAAAGGAAGUGCUCCGAUUGUAUGACCAGCGACGGUCCAGCAUCGUGGAGGAUGUUGUAUCCAAACAUCAGGAUUUUAUUGUGAACUGUGACGAUAGUGAAGAAGGGGCAAAAAUCUUCAAGAUCCUUCAGACUGCUGCUGAGCCUGAAGUAUUGAUGGCAGAUAUGACUUCAGAGCAGCUAAGUUCUUUUACAGAGUAUCAGGCAAAGCAUGAGGCAAACAGACAGUCUGAAAUACAUAAGAAGAUAGAGAAAGCUUUGGAAGAUGCUGGCCUUGGUGCACGGGAGGUUACACCAUUUAUGAGAGUGCGGGUAGUUGGAUUAACGAGUAAAGGUUCAUCCAAAAAGGUUCGCCCGAAAGAAGGCUUGGUAACAAUCUGGAACCCAACCGAAAAGCAGAAACAAGAUCUAGUCGAAGGACAGAUAUAUUGUGUCCGAGGAUUGAUGCCACUUCACUCUGUUUCUGAAGUCAUCUAUUUACAAGGCAGAGGGUCUUCCACUCUAUGGGAACUCUUAGCUCCUGAAGAGCAUGAGAAGUUUGAACCCUUUUUCACACCUCGUAAACCAGUCUCUUUGUCAAAUUUAGGCGACGUGCCUUUAGCAAGUGAGUUUGAUAUUGCUGCUGUGGUUGUGCAUGUUGGCGAGGUUUGUUUAUCUGGCCGUCAGAAAAAACAGUGGGUGUUCAUGACAGAUGGGUCCUGGGGUAGCUCUGACUCAGAGUUUGAGGGACCUUAUAGUUGCCUGCUUGCUGUUAACUUUUGCGGCCCCAUUUUGAAUGAUGAUUCGUCUUCCUUAAUCAGCCAUAACUUAUCUGGAACGGUGGUUGGCUUCUUUAAUCUUGUCAAACGAGCUAGAGACCAAAUGAAUCAUCUUUGGGUAGCAGAAGCCUCAGAAAAUUCCAGUUAUUCUGUAUAUAGUAGCCUCUCAACCACUUCUCACCUUUACAAAACUGGAGAGUGCGCUCAGAAAUGGGCAAAAAUAUCUUGCUCGACAAUCCAAAAACUAAGAGAACGGGUUUUAUGCAUUAUCCAGGGUCACUAAUAAUAAGAUUCUGAAAUUGUUUAGCACUUCACAGUUGGUUUGCGGCUUCCGACUGGGUUGCUGGACUUUUUUGGUUUUUCUCAUGAACAGGAUAUGGUGCCCUGAGAAAAGCUAUCAAAAGUUGUACUUCUUGAUGCACCUCCAGGAAUUCUAACGCCAGUAACAUUCUUUCCUGCUUCAAGUUGAGCAUACAUGAAAAAAGUUACAGUUUUGGCUGUAAAUGUUCACAUUUUUUUUUGCCAGAACUCUACUGUAUAACAGCUCAAGAAAAUAUUUAUCAAUCAAAACACAUACAGGGUUGCUGUUUU